UCAAUUAACAAUCAAAUUGAAGAGCAUGGAGUCCACUGCCACCAUAUUCUUAGCUAUCGUUUUGCUACUGUCGGCGGUGAUGGUGGUUUCCACCUCCGCCGGUGGUGGUUAUGGAGUUGCUCCGGCCACAAAGCCUGCUGCUGAGAUCCCUUAUUAUAAGAUGACCAAACAGAACGAAAUCUCCAAACCCAUUGCAAUUCAAGGCCUUAUAUAUUGUAAAUCCGGAUCUAAACUUACCCCACUUAAAGGAGCCAUAGCAAGAAUAACUUGUUUGGCAAGAAACCGCAAGGGGUUGGAACUAGCGCCAUUCUCAAUCGUGAGUUGCCCGGCUGAUAAUAAGGGCUACUUUCUAGCAAAAUUGUCCCCUCCAUCCAUGAAGUUCUUGAAGAAUGUCGAUUGGGAGCUCGAAGAGUGCAAGGCCUUCCUCAAGAGUUCGCCAUUGAAAGACUGCAAGAUUCCUCUAGAUAUUAAUGGAGGCAUUACGGGUGCCCAUAUUAUUUCUUCUUCGUCUCAUCGACUCCUUAAGAACGCAAAUCUUUAUUCGCUGAAACCCUUUUUCUACAUGAGCGGUCAACCUCAAAAGGUCUCCGACAACAGGGGAUAUUAACAACUCCUUCGAAAGAUCGGUGAUUCUAUUACAAUUAUCUAGCGCUUGUUUUUUCCCUUCUUAAUUGAGCGUACUUAAUUUGUUGUUCUUAUUCUUCUCGUUUGCUUAUUUUUUGUGAUAAAGAAGAGGAUUACAAUAAGUACAUGUGGGUUGUUU